UAAUUUUUGAACCCUUUUGGUAAUUAAAGUCUCCUUCCUUGGACGGCCUCCUCGGAUUUUUCAGGGAAUUUCCCUUUUUAGCAUUCGUUUGACACCAAUGUUUCAUUCCCCAUUCAAAAGUAACAACCAGCAUUGAUGGCGGUACUGAUAACAGCUAUCAGAUCUUCAAGAGUCAACAAGAGCUACCGCACCCACAACAAGUGGCUGUUUGAUGAGAUAGUUGACCUUAUUAGUUAGUCUAUCUGAAGGUAACCGAAGCGAUUCGUAGCACGACCAAGCUGUAUUGACUUCAACGUCUGGCAUCCUUCUUCCCCAGGACGUCAAGCCGUCAACUCGAAUUUGCAGCAAGACCAAGAAAUAGUUGUCCCACAACACUUCUGUUUUACUUCCGCGCACCUCCCUAACCAGAGACAUUCAUUCCUACAGUUUCUCUGCCGGGGACACUUCCUUCCUGCGUAGACGACGAGACAGUCAUCCUUCCUACGAGUAGCUUGCUAUUUCGGCCUUCUCUUUGAGUUUCAUUCAUCUUCGUCUUUUCUCACAAAUCAUGACAUCUGCCGAACCAGCCAUCAUACCCACACAACAUAACAACCCCCACAGUCCACUUCCCGACGACAUGGUAGCUCCUAUCUUCGCAUCCUCGCGGACUCCGCCAGAAUCCCCUCGUAGGAACUACAGGUCCUUUUCUGUGAAUGGGUUUGGUAUUUCCGUGUCGCCGACCAAGAAGUCGCCCAAGCAUGGCGCCAACAAGAAGUCGCCCAAGUCCAACCGCAGAGCGUCGUAUCAUGUCCCUGAGAACAACUCUCCUACUCGCCUAACCAUGGGCGACGCGAGUCUUCCCAACAACUUCAAUCUGAGUCCGCUGCCUCCCAGCAGUCGUCCCAUGCCGGCCACAGCUGCGGCACCCGUUGUGGGACAUCAUCAGAAGAACACGUGCUUGGUCGGAUUUGAUCCCCUCUUGAACAGUGCUACGAAACCAAGCAGUUCUACUGCCAAGAGGGAUACCCGACAACCUCCUUUGACUCCAAAGUCGACACGAGACAACGCUUCUGCCGUCAACACUCCCAUGACCAAUCUGACCUUGUCGCCCCCGAGUCCACCCAGGCAAGAUGCCGAAAUGAAGACUGAACUCGGCAGACUCGCAAAGGACUUGUCCGCGGCCAGUCCUCACAGGCCCACUCCUACUAGUAGUACUAGUGGAGGAAAGAGUGUCAAGCCCAAAUUUGGAAGAGCCGCUUCCUUGACUCCCAAGUUUAACUUGACCCCACCCUUUCGCUCCUCGAUGACUGCCUCCUCUAUCAAGGAACCGCAAAGCACCCCCCACCGCAAGCUUCCCUGGCAACGUCACCGUCGUUCCAAGUCGUUGGAAACUCCUGAUGGUGUGCUUCCGCAUGCCGAUUCAUUGGAAAACGAUGCCACCAAGGCAAACGCAAACGUUACUAAUCUGAUCCCAUCCUCACCCAUGAUGAGGGACCUCUUUGAUGUCGUCAAGGCACAGGAAUCCAAUGCUUCGUCUUUGGCUCUUCCUUCGUUGGCCAAACCCGCUCCGACAUCCUUCUUGACCGGAACCGAAAUCGUUCGAUCUUCCGAACAAGAUCCGUCACCCUUUCAGAUGGAAAUCCCAACCUUGGAGCAAACUCUAGUGGCUGCAAGGUUGGUGCAGUUUGUCGAACACUACCGCAAGGAAGACAUGAACAUGGAUCUCUCCAUGUCCUUGGUGGGAUUGAAUAGAUUGGCAAUGGCCUCCUUUGUGGAAAGCAACGACAUGGCAGCGGCACCUCCAAAUCUCACACGAGCUCACAAGCCAGUCGUCGAGUCGUUGUUGGAAGCGGCGGAGGAUGUGACGGUGGUUGGAUUCUUUGCGACAGAGAAUGCUGGAUCCGCGGACGCUCGCCGAGAAGCUGUCAUUCUCGAACGGCAGAUGCAGUUUGUCAUUGUCUUUCGAGGAACCACUCCCGAGCAAGCGGGUAAGGUGGGCUUUUUCAAAAAGAACCAUGCCAAACCCAAGUAUCAGGUGCCCAUGGAGCCGUUGGUCAUGGAUGGAACAGACUGCAAAGUCUUUUCACCGCUCAAGCAAGCGUACAUGGAGUUGGAACACCGCGUGUUUGACUGCUUGGACCAGCUCUUGGAUUCCAAUCCGUUCUGCGAUGUGAUCUUCACCGGAAGUUCUUGGGGCGGCUGCAUGGCCACGUUGGGUGCGUACAGAUAUGCCAGCAACAGACCCAUGGUCCGCGUUAGUUGCCAACCCUUUGGCGCACCCAAGGUCGGGAACAAGGUCUUUCGGCAGCAGGUCAAUUCGCUCCCUAAUCUCAAAGUGAUGCGACUCGAGUAUGUCUCAGAUGCCAAAUGCUCGGCACCGCCUCAGGACAAUGGCAAUGGUGCUCCUGUCGGGCAUUCCAUCGUCUUGUCCAAGAAUAGCGAAGGCAAUAAUUCACUGUCUGCGGCGGCCUGUAAGUUCGACGCCGGCAAGCACCAUUCUACCAAACCAGCCGCUGCCCUGUUCAAAGGAUUCAAGAAAGAACGAGACAUUUCGUCUUAUGUUGUUCAUCUGGAACAGUUACAGCAAUCCAAGGUUAACACAUGGAUGAAGGACUUUGCAGGUGAGGACGGUACGGGUGUCAGAGGAAAGGACAACGAACAACGUCAAAUGGUCUAGAUGGCUACGUAGGUCGUCGAUUCAAUCGGCACAGCAGUGUUUCAGGCGCCGAUAAAGCCUGAAGACUAGAUUAGGCGGUGGCUCUUUUCCUACAUGCUUUGAACCAAUCAACCUUGCCAUCACCUUUUGGUUGCACUUCUUUUCAUAUCUAUGCAACGGUACACUUUGAAAACUCGACAGGAGAACUUUAUAAAAUAAAUACAACAAACUUAAUUAAAAGUAGAUACCCUGCCUACGGGUCCAGGAAGGGCGUUCGCAGCGCCGUUUGAACAACGCGGUUCUAGGCCGUCUUGUAUGUACUUUUAUGUAGAUCAGCAUGAAACAGCGACGGAUGCAAGGAUGAUGGCUGGUGUGAUUGGAUUGAAUCAAGUCAUCCUGGAAUUGAGGCCUCGCAUGUUCAUCAUCAUGAAUGCCCCACCCUCAAUGGAUCAUUGGUAUGAGGUCCUUGAUUUGGUCGCUCUAAUCCAACUCAGUCCUUGUGCCUCCUCUAUCGGGUGGCUUCUCGGGUGGCAAUCUCCGAUCACAACUUGAAACUACACAUCAAACUGAAGCUCCAUGUCCGGCAGCACCUUCUUGAUUGUCUUGCUAUUCGGAUAACCUCGACUACCGACACUUACAACUUCCUUUGAGAUGCUCCUGCAAAUCUUGUUGGGACAUGAUGCAACGGCCUGGUGGGUGCUCCUGGUCUUGGGCUUGGUUUCGGGCCAGGUGUUGGGCAUGCAUGACUAGUACGGUAGGGCCGGGUGCAGGUCCAGGUUUUGGGUCAGGACUUGUGCCAGGCUGUUGGUCCUGCUUUGAGUCCUCGAGGGGGUCCUUGUGUUGGGACCGGACUUGGGCUAGUCGUAGGUCUUGGAGUGGGUUCUGCCUAGUGUGGUUGGGCCAGGACUACUAGUGGGUCCUGGUGUGUGGCUACGGUAGGCCUUGCUGCUGAUUGGGGCCAGGUGUCUCUUCAGACCUGGUCCGAGUUGCGGGCUUGGUCUGCGGUUGGUCUGAGGGCUUCCAGGACCAGGAAUUAGCUGAGUGUAGUUCCUUGUGUGAGGCCUGUAGUAGCGCUGGUGACUACAAAAGGCUAUCUUACAAGCGUGCGAGACCAAGAGCUUUCGUAUUUUAAAUCAGCACGAAGAAAGAAACAAUGAAUCUAUUUCAUGAUCCAAUGAUUCAAUCUACUCAAGCAGUCUGCUACCGGCUGACAAAAGCAAGGAUGAAAGAGUCGAUUGCUUGUAGACGUACCAGUAGCCGCACUAACUUGCGGAUGCCUGCCUCUUGCCUUUUGUUCCUGUGUCACUGUAUUUUCUAUUGUUGGUCCUGCUGGGAUCAUCGUGACUGUAUCGUUGACCCUCAGAGCUGCUUUUUGAUACAUUCUCGCUGUUUUUCGGCCUUGUCGACUAGCUCCAACACACAAGAUGCGACAUUUCGCAGAAAGACGGUGGCCAAGGUGUGAAUGUAGAUUCCAUGAUAGAAAGCACGAGCCCU